AAUUUGCCCAUCAGAGUGCCCCUUAAUAUAAAUGUGCCCAUCAGAGUGCCCCUUAACAUAAAAUGUGUCCAUCAGCAUGUCGCUUAUUUUAUGUUAAGGGACACUCUGAUGUGCACAUUUUAUGUUAACGGGCACUCUGAGCAUCUUUUACAUUAAGGGGGCACUCUAAUGGGCACAUGUUAUUUUAAGGGGGCACAUAUGGGCACGUACUGUGGAAAGGGGCACUCUGAUGGGCACAUGUGAUGGAAAGGGGCACUCUGUUGGGGAAUAUGAUGUAAAGGGGCACUCUGAUGGGGAAAUCUGAUGUAAGGUGGCAAUGUGAUGGGGAUACCUGAUGUAAAGGAGCACUCUGAGAGAAAAAACACUUGAUGUGAUGGGGAUACAU